AUGAAGUGGAACAUGGCUCUGAAAGGAUUUACAACUGAAAAGAAAAACAACACGCACAAACCAAUUGAAGUCGGAAAAGUGCAGUUCGUCAAGGCAUACGGUGGAUGUCCUGAAAAUUGUGGAUGCUUCGAAGGUAACGGUGACGGUGACGGUGAUCGUGAUCGUGACGGGAUCGGUCACGAUGACGAUGACGACGAUAGGAAUAUGGUACAGAAGAUAGAGGUACUUGAAUGGGGUCUGAAUUCCCCUGAAUAUCCGGCAUGCUCAAAACGCAGACGUUGGAUCGCCUACGAUUCCCGGCAGAAAUAUUGUUUCACUGCAGAGAUCGUUGAGCGUUUUUCAUCGGGCGACGAUGAUAGAGAACGUUCGAAGGGCAUGUUUACGCUCAGUGCUGUCGCGUUGCCGUCGUAG